AAUUAGAAAUUCAUAAUAGUUAUGGAUACAACUAGACAUAUUAUUGAAAGAAGUUAAAUCAUACUUGGAUAUUAAACAAUAGCAGUUAGUGACGAUACGUCUAUUUCUCAGUUAUAGAUUCAACGUCCUGAGCAAAUGGAAAUGAGACGUCAAUAACACGCUGCCACUCUUACAGCCAUUAUGCUGCACCAAGUGCUUACUGGAAGGGUCACCUUCACCUCCCUUACCCCACCCGACCUCAGCAUCUGUUCAAAAAGUGAGCUGAGAGCAUACUUUGAAAACAGUUAUGACCUCAACGAAAGUCUGUUCACUUCGCUUAAAGACGAGAGCGUAUUUUACCGAUGCCCGGACCGCCUCCGUCUGCCCCUUAUCUUUUACUUCGCACACACGGCCGUCGUGUACGUCAACAAGCUCAUCCUAGCAGGGCUGCUCAAGGACCGCAUCAACUUUGAGUUUGAGAAGAUGUUUGAAACAGGUGUGGACGAGAUGUCAUGGGACGACACGGAGAAUUACCGGAUGGGAGGCUUAUACAAGUGGCCAGAACUUAGCGCCACGGUAGAGUACCGGCGACAGGUGCGCGCGACCGUUCUGCGCAUCAUCGAGGAGACGCCGCUACAGCUCCCAAUCACCAUGACCAGCCCCUGGUGGGCGCUUCUGAUGGGAAUGGAGCACGAGCGCAUCCACCUCGAAACGUCAUCUGUUCUUAUUCGCCAGCUCCCGGUCGCAAUGGUUAGCAGACCGGAAGGAUGGAAGUACGCUCCAAAAACAUCCGGCAUUGUUCCCCAGCAAAACCGGAUGUUGCGAGUACCUGCACAGGAAGUGAGUUUCGGCAAACCUCGAGAUUUUCCGUCGUAUGGCUGGGACAAUGAGUACGGCAGUAUCGCCUGCUCGGUCCCUGCGUUCGAGUCCUCCGAGUUCCUAGUGACAAAUGCUGAGUACUUUGAGUUUGUUGAGGCCGGCGGUUACCAUCGAUCUGAACUGUGGACAGAGGAAGGCUGGCGUUGGAGAAACUUCCGGCAGGCAAAUCACCCUAUGUUCUGGGUCUGUGGCAAUGGUUGUAAGGGUGGCUGUGGGUCAGAUCUGGCGUCCUACAGUCAUUGCAGUGUCAUGGCGGACUCUAACGUCACUCCGUCCGCUGAAUCCCAAUACAGGUACCGUGCCAUGUUUGAUGUCCUUGACAUGCCAUGGGCGUGGCCUGUUGACGUCAACUACCACGAAGCGCGUGCGUUCUGCGCAUGGAAGGGACCGGAUUUCCGGUUAUUGGUCGAGGCAGAGCACAACGUGAUUAGAGGGAAACAGGAACCGACGAAUGCAGGGACUGUCAGUGACGCGAUCUUCACAAAGGGAGACAAGUUCAACCACAACAUGAAAUUCGGCUCCUCCACGCCUGUAAACAUGCAUGUCGCGAACGAGCGUGGCUUCUACGAUGUGUUCGGUAACGUUUGGCAGUGGUGCGAAGACCAAUUUAACGGCCUCUGUGACGAGACACACUGGCUUUACGACGACUUUUCCUCGCCUUGCUAUGACGGCAAACAUAACGUCAUACUUGGCGGAAGCUGGAUCAGCACAGGAGACGAGGCAUCUCGUUUCGCGCGGCUUGCGUUUCGUCGCCACUUCCUGCAGCAUGCGGGCUUCCGGUUGGCGAGGACGGUGGAUCCGGGGGAGGAGGCGUGGACGGAGCUGCCAACGCGCCAUGUGGACACGCAGGUGUAUGUGUUGGGAUGCGGGGUAGAAGAGAACCUUGCAAGCCUUCCUCACGACAAGCUACAGCCCAACCUAGUACCGUCCACAAACCUUCAUUAUCAUUUUGAGACGCCGCUCGCGUUAAAAGGGAUUCUUGAGCAGGAAUUUGGAUUCAGGAAAUCAUAUCCGGUGGCGGUAGCAGACCUGUGUGCGGAUCUCGCUCGAAAUAAUGGACUCCACACUCGCUCCAUGCUCUGGAUAGGCGCUGGAUCCGGAAGAGGUCCUAUGUUGAUGAGUAAAAUCUUUCAAAAAGUGCUUGCUUGUGACCUCGUUGCCCGUUUCCUGGAUACGGCAAUGUACAUCCAGAGAGGAAAUGACGUCACUGUGAUCACGGAAAAUGGCAAGGUCACCACGGCUGCUCUCGACAAAGGUGUCAAAACUGACAGGGUCGUCUUCAAACAGUUUACGUGGAUCCCUAACGAGGUUGGGCUGGACUUUGACAUGACUGUGGUCACAUUCUUGGAGAGGACUCAGCAGCCAAAAGCGUGGCUGCUGCGACUGUCAGAGAUUACCAGGCGCGGCGGUCUUGUCAUCGUUGCCUCAAGGAGUGGACAGUGGGACAGACCCGCCCUCGAGGGGACCCUACAAGACAAGGGUUUGACGUGUAUCGAGUCGACGGAUGUACCUUUCGAUGACGUCACUGGAAACGCAACCGCCACCGUCACUGUAUGGAAACAUGUGCAGGAGUAGACAUCACGUGAUUGUGACCACGUUACUGAAAUACGCGUUUUAUCGGUCGAGACUCGUGUAUGAACCGAACCACACGUAUACUGUAUGAUUGUCACUUGGUAUAGAUGUGAUGACUACCGUGUGAUAUCCAUUAUUAUAAAGCUGAAAGUGUCAUUUCAGGGGAAUUUAUAUUACUCUUUUUUAGAAGAAAUUAUUUAUUGACAUAUUUGUGUAGUUCAAUUUGUUCGGAUUCCAACAAUGUUUUGACAUUCUGGCAUCGCUUUGUUUGUUUCAUUUUACUAAUGCAAAUGUUCACGGAUAUUGUAGAUGUUCAUGCGUCUUAAUUUCCGCUUCAUCUUUAACUAUGUGUUCGUAUAAAUGUUGUUUAUUUUGUAUUAGUAAUGUAAUAAAAUUUCUCUAAUGUACAAACAU